CCAUUGCCCAAGCCUCCACCACCAUGCCGCCCACCCUCCCUGCCACGACAGAGACCUACACGCGGACUCAGUACUGCAAGUGGCCGUGCGAGUGCCCCACGUCCCCGCCUCGGUGCCCGCUGGGCGUCAGCCUGGUCACAGACGGCUGCGACUGCUGCAAGACGUGUGCCAAGCAGCGCGGAGAGACCUGCACUGAGGCCGACACCUGUGACUUCCACAGGGGCCUGUACUGUGACUACAGUGGAGACAGACCUAGGUACGAAAUAGGAGUAUGUGCACAGAUUGUUGGUGUGGGAUGUGUCCUCAAUGGAGUCAGGUAUAACAAUGGGGACACAUUUCAGCCCAAUUGCAAAUACAAUUGCACAUGCAUUAAUGGAGCUGUGGGCUGUAUUCCCAUGUGCACAAACUCACGUCCUCCCCUUGUCUGGUGCCCAAACCCAAAGCUGAUUAAGAUGGCAGGGAAGUGUUGUGAGCAGUGGAUUUGUGAUGACUCCAAAAAAAUCAGGAAGACGUCUCCACGCCACAUCUCCUCUGCAGCGUAUGAGGGAGAGGAUGAAGCCUGGCAGAAGAACUGCAUCGUUCACACCUCACCCUGGAGUCCCUGCUCAAAGACCUGUGGGCUGGGCAUCUCCACCAGGAUCUCCAACGACAACGACCAGUGCCGGCUCCUGAAGGAAAGCCGCCUGUGCUCCAUGCGGCCCUGCGAGGUGGACAUCACCAAGCACAUUAAGCCUGGGAAGAAGUGCUUGGCUGUCUACAGGGCCAAUGAACCAAUGAACUACACCAUCUCAGGAUGUGUGAGCAAAAGUUCAUAUCGACCCAAAUAUUGUGGUGUCUGCACAGACAACAGGUGCUGCACACCCUACAAGUCCAAGACUAUUGAAGUGAGGUUUCAGUGCCCAGAUGGAACUGAGUUUUCCUGGAAAAUCUUGUGGAUCAACGCUUGUUUUUGCAACCUGAACUGCAAGAACCCCAAUGACAUCUUUGCUGACUUGGCUCAUUACCACGAUUACUCUGAAAUUGCUAAUUAGAUUGGCUGAAUGCUGGAAUUGACCCAUUGCUCUGAUUUUACAGAGGUUUUUAAAAUAAAAGGAGAAUCUU